UACUGAUAGAUAUGAACCGUCCAGCCCUUACAAAGUUACAAGUUACAAGUCUUACAGCUGUUAUACCAGUACCAAACAACUGAAAUAGAGGGUAGGUCGUUGUUACAUGUUACAUUCAAUGCUGCUAGCAAAAAUUUACCUUCUUUCCAGACAUGUUACAUGUUUCACUCUCAUCUUUCAUAUACUUUAUAUAGUAACCUAGAAAUGUGCUCAAAUCCCCAAAAUUCACUAGCUCAAAAUACAUCCAAAAAAAAAAAACUUAGGCAAAAUUUCUCCAACAUUUUUUAGAAGUAUGUCUAAGAAUGAUUUUGAUCAAGGUGAGGCCCUAAAUUCGCCCUUUGGUAGGUUAUAUUUUUGCCCAGAAACUGAGCAAAUUAUGAACUGUGCCAUGUUUUUUAAGUACCCAAUUGAUGUACAAGGCCUUAAAAAGGCCUUCUCAAACUCGACCAUGAUCGAAGACCCAAGGUUUUGCAGCCUCUUGGUAAGAAACCCUAAUGGUGAAGAUCAUUGGAAGAGAGUCCAUGUUAACAUUGACGAUCACUUCAUCCUCCGAUACCCUACCACCAUUACAAAAGCUCGAGGCCAUGAUGAGGAAGACGACGAUGAAGCCACCGUGAAUGCAUACUUAGCUGACCUCGCGGUGUCAACCCCAUUAAGCAAAAACAAGCCAUUAUGGGAGGUUCAUGUAUUAGUAGAGUUAAAAUGUGUGGUGUUAAGAGUUCAUCAUUCAUUAGGUGAUGGGGUGUCUAUGAUGUCUAUGCUUUCCUCUUGUUUUGGUCAAAAGAAAGAGACAAAAAGUGGUGUUAAUGGUGAGGGUAAUAUUGUGAAAGAUGGUAACAAUAAUCAUGCAAGAAGGAAUUGGAAAAUUGGAGGAAUAUUGGGGUUGAUUCAAAGUAUGUGGUUUACAAUUGUUUUUGGGUUGAGGUUUUUAGGGAGGGUUUUGGGGGUGAAAGAUAAGUUUAGUGUGAUUAGUGGUGGUGAUGGGGUUGAGCUUUGGCCUAGGAAAUUAGUCACUGCCAAGUUUAAGAUUGAAGAUUUCAAGUCUAUCAAAACGGCGGUCAUUCCUAAUGUUACUGUCAAUGAUGUGCUUUUAGGGGUCAUUUCACAUGGACUCUCCAAGUACAUAGAUGACAAAUCACCCAAGGCCGUGCAACAAGCCCUGCAACUUAGUUUUAUCAUUCCAGUUCAUCUACGCAAAGAUUCUUCCAUGCAGGAGAUUUCAGAUUUGAUGAAGACCCCUAAUCUUGAGUUAUCUGGAUGGGGAAACAAAUCGAGUGCCGUAAUUGUGCCAAUUGAUUGCUGUAAUGGGCUCAAGCCUUUAGAACAUGUUAAGCAGAAGAAGUCAGUUAUGGACAAAAUGAAGCAUUCUUGUUGUGCUCACUUCACUUUUAAAUCGAUCAACUUUAUAGUUUCCUGUUUAGGCCCAAAGGUUGUUAGUUGGAGCCUUCACAAAUUGAUAUGUCAUACAACCUUGAGCAUAUCUAAUAUUGUGGGUCCCUCCGAGGACCUAGUGAUUGGUGACAACCCUGUAACGGACAUAAAAGUGAAUAUGUCAAGCACAUUCCACGCAAUUACAAUGCUCUUAGUAAGCUAUGCAGAAAAGGUUAAUCUACAAGUGAUGAUUGCUAAAGAUAUCAUCCCUGACCCUGAAUUAAUAGUCAAGUGUUUUCAAGAUUCUUUUCAAGAAAUGAGGAGUUCCAGCAAAAUGAAGUUGCAAGUUCAAUUUUGUAGGUGCAGAUUUGUGAUCUCUUCCUUUAUAAGAUACAAGUAUUAGUUUAACUCGAUCAAGUGGGUUAUUCCUUUGAUUGACAAUUGAUAUUUGAAUGGAACCUCACUUCGGUUAUGUUAUUGUCUUAUUGUCAUAAUAUCAUAUCUUGUGUAUUAAUUUAAAACAACAGAGUUGCUUAAAUUAAAGUUGUGUACUUUAAACUUUUGAACAAUAAAAGUAUUAGUGUACACCUUGUAUAAUCAAAAGUUUUUGGUCAUUAAUUAUACAACUGCAAACUUAAUGGAAUAUAUUAUCCUAGACUAGACUCCUAGUGCUACCAAUUAACCCCUUGGACCUUGUAAAGGCAAUGAAAGCAACUAUGAAAAAAAGAAAA